AUGAAGCUUGCCCUACUUGCCACUUUGGCUGCUCUCUCCGGAGCCCUCGCCGACCGUGUUGAAGUUUGGGAAAAUAUGAACUACCGUGGCCGGCAAUCCUCUUAUGUGAGUCCCUCCCGUCCCACUGACUUUUUCAACCUUUUUCGAUUUCAAAACGCCACGCCUUUUAAGCCCAAGCUAACAUCCAAGGGGUCCGUCCUAGGAAACCAAAGGAGUCACGAACGUCCCCUUCCUGUUCCGAUCCUACUCCUGGACCCGAUCACCAGGCAGCAACUGCUGCGCGGCGUUUUGCAAAGGGAGAUCUGCCGCCCGGAGUUUGGGCCAGGUGCUGAUCGGGUUAUCAUCCGGUGUGGCGGUUCCGAGAAUCGACUGCAAAAAUGA